AUGCCUAGCGUCGACCUCGAAACCGCGAUCAAGCAAGAGGAAGAGUACCUGCGCAAGGUUCAUCCUGCAGUGGACGAUAUUCCAGGAUGCAUGACCCUGUUUGAUGAAUUUUUGCAAUGCCAUGUUCUGGGGACUCAAAUAAAAUCUCUAUACAGAUACGGUCAAAUGUCAGAGUGUGGAGUUAAAAAAGAGGACUUCAAAUUUUGUAUGAGCUUGAAAUUCAUGCACCCAGAACAGAAACGGGACGCUUGGAUCCGCCGCCGUGCCGAGUGGUGGGCUCACAGACGACUUGGGAAGAGUAGCGAAAACGUGUGGGAUAUGAGGAAGUAA